AGCAAUUUGAGUCGUCGCACCGAGCUAACCGCUUACCGCUUGCCGGACAAACGCGUUCCGUUUCCCUCCGCUUCCAUUCGAUUUUGGCCACCGUCGUCGUCGGUCGUCCCAAUGUCCGCGUGAGGUCAGCAGAAACCUUUUCCACCACCGGGGGGGCUACGACAGUGGUAACGUUAACCCAAUAAAUCCUUUCGGCCGCACCGAUCCCAACCAUCCGUACGUCCAUCUACCACUUACCGGGGUCUUUUUGGGGGAUCGUUCUCAUCGGUUCGGCUUGGUGUUUUUCGCGAUUUUCCCCACAUUCCGUGUGCUGUGAGCUGUUCUUGUGCCGUGUUCUUGGAAUUGAGAAAUCGUUAAAACCGAGACGUCGGCAAAAAUCCACUGAAUGAGCCAGAGAAUUAUAUAAGGCCCGAACCGGAUUCGUAUUUAUUAAUUAUACUCCCAGAUGUGACCAAAACAAAAACAGACUGACUACGAAACUUCGCUUUGGGAUAUACCCCGAAAACCACUCAAACACAAUCCGAUCCCGAUAUAUAAAUGAUCGCCCAUCAAUUUAAUUUAAUCAAAAUCAGUAACUCAAAUUCAAUGAACAAAUAAAUUUGCGCGACCAACGAGCCAAUAAACGGAUCAAUAAACCGAUACAAGAAAAGCCCACGGACAUCUGGCAACGCUGUUAGGCGGCCGCUUGUAACGGUUAUUCACGACAAUUUACUCACGCCCGAAGGCAGCCGAAGGAGUACAGUGAGUGCGAGCGAGAGCAGGAGCUAGCGAGCAGGCAUGGGAAACUCCUCGUCACACACGCACGAACCACUCGAGCGCGGCUUCACACGCGGAAAAUUCGGUGACGUUAAAAAUGGGACAUCCGCCUCCUUCCGGUUUAGCAAGAAAUCGCCGAAGAAGAUGGACCGUCUGCGUCGCUCCUUUCGCGACUCCUUCAGGCGUCGCAAGGAUCGCGUUCCCGAGUCCUCGAAGCCGCAUCAGUGGCAGGCGGACGAGGAGGCCGUGAGGUCGGCCACCUGCUCCUUCUCCGUAAAGUAUCUGGGAUGCGUCGAGGUCUUCGAGUCGCGCGGCAUGCAGGUCUGCGAGGAGGCCCUGAAGGUCCUGAGGCAAUCCCGUCGUCGUCCUGUCCGCGGAUUACUCCAUGUCAGCGGAGACGGCCUGCGCGUCGUGGAUGACGAGACCAAGGGCCUGAUUGUGGACCAGACCAUCGAGAAGGUCAGCUUCUGUGCACCGGAUCGCAACCACGAGCGUGGCUUCAGCUACAUUUGCCGCGAUGGAACCACUCGGCGCUGGAUGUGCCACGGCUUCCUGGCCUGCAAGGACUCCGGCGAGCGGUUGUCCCAUGCCGUGGGCUGUGCCUUCGCCGUUUGUCUGGAGCGGAAGCAGCGACGCGACAAGGAGUGCGGCGUGACGAUGACCUUCGACACGAAGAACUCGACGUUCACGCGGACCGGAUCCUUCCGCCAGCAGACGCUGACGGAGCGACUGGCCAUGGCCACGGUGGGCACAAAUGAGCGAAGCGUGGAUGGGCCGGGAUCAGCAAUGCCGGGUCCACCGGCGGCCACCGUCAAGCCUUACAAUCCCUUCGCCAUCGAACGGCCCCAUGCCACGCCCAACAUGCUGGAGCGCCAGAGCUCCUUCCGCUUGAGCACGAUUGGCAGCCAGUCGCCGUUCAAGCGCCAGAUGUCACUGCGUGUCAACGAUCUUCCGUCCAACGCCGACCGACAGAGGGCAUUCCUGGCCGCCGCCGCUGGGAAUCCGCUGCAGACGCCACUGCGCAGUGUUUCGCCCAUAGCCGAGGUCUCGCCGGCCAAGUCAGCUGGAGCGGAUCCGUCGUCGGCAGCCGCUAAUGCCGCCGAUUCCGUGAGCCAACUGUGCCAGGAGCUCAGCCAGGGUCUCUCCCUGUUGACCCAAACGGACGCUCUGUUGGCAGCCGGUGACGAUCUGAAUUUCAACAACAAUCGCAGCAUUAACCAGAACAUCAUUGCGGCCGAGAAGCAGGUGCAGCAUGUAAUCUCGUCCAGCGCCACGCCAACGGCGCAGGUGACGCCGCGGGUGGCCAGCACCACGCCCACCUAUCAGACGCUUCACUCGCAGUCGCCCACGCGAUCGGAGCAGAGCAUCGAAACCACAACGGAGCUGCCAAAUGCCGAGCAGUGGUUGGGUCAAGUAGUGCGCAGUACCUCACCGGCUGCACCCAAGCGGCCAACUUAUCUGGCCAAUGUUGGUCGAGCUCAGACGAUGGCCAGUGGAGCAGGAGCUAUGGCUGCCGGCGGUGGCCCAGAUGAUCCAUUCGACGCCGAGUGGGUGGCCAAUGUGGCGGCGGCCAAGCAACUGUCGCCGGAUUUGCCGGUUUCGAGCAUUGCGCGCUCGCCUCUUGCCAGGCACAGCACCAAUCCGUUCAUUUCACCGCCCAAGGCGCCGGCGCAGACAUUCCAGGUGCAGCUCUAGGCAGCGAACCUGGGGUCACCAGGGGGACAAAGUGUGGUUCGCUUGAAAAAAACGUAACUUAGUUUAAAGUUCAGGGGCAGGAUCAGGCCAAACACAGAAAUUGGAACAAAGAUGGAUGGAUGGCUGGAUGGGAUGGCGGUAGAAGGAGAUACUUAACGCAAACAUAGCUAAUGUUGAAAUAUGCAUAUAGGAAACCUGAAAUACACUUACUUACACGCAAAACGCAUCAAGUACAGUAAAGAAACCCAUUAAUGGCGCUUAGCACUAGGCCAGAACUUAAAUUGCUUUGAGUAAUAGAAAUCAUUAGAUCGUAAGAGGUCUUAUACCGAAUAUCAGUCCUAGAGGGGGCCUUGUGAAACUUGAAAUUAACAGCGUUCUACGACUUGAUAAUAGUUCAAUCAUUUUCCAUACAUUCAAAGGCCGUUUUUAGUGUCUAGACUGAUACAGGUUGAGAUCCCUUAGUCACCCGAGAAUUGACCAAGCUACCAAGUUACCCACGAAAGUCCACCAUAAAACAAAAAGCAAAUGGCACCCUUUAAUCUUAAAUGCAAAAUCUGUAUUAUACUUUGGUAAUGCCCUUCCACUACUUGUUGAUUGAUCCCACUAAGAGUAAUGAUAAAAUUCAGAUUAUGUAUGUUGAUAUGUAGGAAACGCUAUGUCUUAGAUCCAAUUAUUAUUUUGUCAGUGUCAGAGUGCGGUACACCGUUUUAUAUACAAUCUUUUAUUAUUUAAUUUAAUUUUUAAAUGUGUACAAAAUGUAUUAUACUUAAAUUAUAAAUAUAAUUUAAAAAUAAACAAAAGAAAAUGAAACAAAAACAUUAAUGAACUUCAAGUUAUUUAAACCUACAAAUAAAGCAGCUAACUACAAUGCAACUAAUGAAGACGAUAUAGAUAUACUGAAAUAAAUAAAAAUAUAUAGAGACCUACUGCAUACAUAUAUUGUAAAAGACACAGCUCAAUUCGGCAAAGAUGAGAAAUACAUUCGAUUUGUGUGCUUAUA